GACAACAUCUUCGCGAGUUAAUUGCACCAACGAGCAUCAGUCGUCAAAGGAACUCACGACAGCACCUCCAAUAUGGCGUCCCAAGCUCCCGCUCAGGCAAUGAGCGGUGUCAACAUCUCGAAGCGUCGCAAGUUCGUGGCCGACGGUGUCUUCUACGCCGAGUUGAACGAGUUCUUCCAGCGUGAACUGGCGGAGGAGGGCUACUCCGGUGUCGAAGUGCGUGUCACCCCGACUGUGACCGACAUCAUCAUCCGCGCCACACACACCCAAGAAGUGCUCGGAGAGCAAGGACGAAGGAUCCGCGAGCUCACCAGCCUGAUCACCCACCGCUUCCGCUUCCCCCCGGACUCUGUCUCCCUCUACGCCGCCAAGGUCCAGUCCCGUGGUCUCUCCGCUGUCGCCCAGUGCGAGUCUCUCCGCUACAAGCUUCUCAACGGUCUCGCUGUCCGUCGUGCGUGCUACGGUGUUCUCCGCUUCAUCAUGGAGUCCGGUGCCAAAGGUUGCGAGGUUGUCGUCUCUGGCAAGCUUCGCGCCGCUCGUGCCAAAUCCAUGAAGUUCACCGACGGCUUCAUGAUCCACUCCGGUCAGCCCGCCAAGGACUUCAUCGACUUCGCCACUCGCCACGUCCUCCUCCGUCAAGGUGUGCUCGGGAUCAAGGUGAAGAUCAUGCGUGCGUCCUCGUCGCCCAACGACCCGUCCGGCGAGAAGAGCGGCGGCAAGGGCCUGCCCGACUCCGUCACCAUCAACGAGCCGAAGGAGGACCAACCCAUCUUGGCUCCCAGCAGUCAAGACUACGGCGCCAAGGCCGCUCAAGCCCAGGCUGCGUACGAACAGCAGCUGGCAGCACAGCGGGAUGGUGCUGCGGCGGAAGAGGGGCAAGGAGGCGCGGAGUACUAGGAAGAGGUGGUGUGCUCUUAGCUGGCGUUUCGCAGAGAUGCUGUUCUUCAAACUUCGACGGGAGUGAUGCGAUUAUUGGUUGCGUAGCUCGAUAGUCGCCGCAAAUCAACAUGCACGAUAUGUUAUUGUCCUGGAAGUCAUUUUAGGGCCGAAUGCAGCGCGUCCAAAUGAAAUGAUGCAUCACGUGCCUUCGUGGGGUGCUCGCGCUACUGGAACGAGCCGGGCGCCCGAGCUCGGCACGACGCGAUUGCCCAUCAACAAAUCCAACC